AUUCCACCGAUUUUCCCAUGUCGUAACUGAGCUAUAUCAGCUGACGCUCAAGCUCAGUCAAAAUUUUAACGCAUUGUUCUAUUGACUAAGUUGUACAAUAGAAAACAAUUUCCACUUGCCAUUUCUAUGUUUAAAUAUAUUUCAAAGUCACUGAAAAAAUUAACCAAAUGUAGUGCGAUUCAAUUUUGAAUAAUUUUUCCACAACAACUGAACAUUGAAUGAAUUAAUUGGGUCCCAUAUGCACUAUAAAUUAACCUUGACCUCAGGGGUCAUUAAACGUGUGUAUUCCUGAACAUGACAAACUAUAACACUAUGAGUGCUGGGGAUGGAGGAAGGCCGGCUGAGAUGACCUCCAAAACCCCAGAAAAGACCAGGUCAGAUUCAGUGGGUGCUGUCUACAACAAGCCUUGGGUGUGGAAACUGCUAGAUUUUGUGAAUGUGUUCACUAUAUUUGUGGGCGUGAACUUCUUGGGUCUUCCCUACACCAUCUCACGAGUGGGCAUUCUGCCCGCAGUGUUGAUUAUGUGCUGCAUUGUACUGGUGACAUACCACGGCUGCAGCUUACUUUUAAUCUGCAAACAGAAAAUAGACGAACGAAAACUAUGCGAUUCGACUGAAAGUAUCCAUGUCGGAACCGAUAAACCAGUCAAAAUCGGAUACGCUGCAUUAGCCGGGGACGCUUUCGGACCCGUUGGCGAAAGUGUCGUCACUAUUAGUAUUUUCGUCAUUCAUUUCUGUUUUUGCACUGGGUAUUUUAUCUAUUUGGGAAACAGCAUGGAGUCUUUAGCUGAAGAGUUUCAACGGUCACGAAUUUGUUCACAGCCUGAGAAUUUCGUUACACGCCAACUUGAAGCCGCAGAAUUACCAGAAGAUCUGCUAUUAAACCGAUUAUGGACAAACGGAAGCGAGUUUGCAGUCGUACCGUACAAACGAGUCAAAAAUGGAGUUGAGUUCGAGUGUGAUUUUAGACCAGAAGAUGCGCCCAAAUUUAAUCAUCUGGUCUGGAUUAUGUCACCUUUUGUGGUUAUUCUCUGUCUGCCAAAUUUCCAAAUUCUGCAAGAUUUUCUCAAUAUUUUUCAAUUCAUAACUGUUAUUUUUGUUUAUUUUUGUUUAUCUGGGUGGCUAGUUGGAGAGUCUCUGGAGUCUAACUUCAAGCCCUCGACCACAGUGUUCAUUCCAGAAGGUCUUCUGUUCACAUUUGGUCAGGCAUCUAGUACUCUGGAGGGUAUGGGACAAAUUACUGAAGUCUACGACAACUUGUAUGAAGAUCACUCCUACGUGCGAUCUUACCUUGCCAAAACCUUCGCAAUCGCCCUUCCAGCUUACCUGACUCUGGGAAUUCUGGGUUACGUAGUUCUGGGUAACAGAGUCGAACAAGUCAUCACCCAGAAUUUGGGCGUGGACCAGGAGUUUGAGCUAGUUAUCAACUUCUUGGUAGUUUGCAUGAUUCUCUUCGGAUACCCUGGAAUGGCUUACCCUGGCCAGAAAGUUCUGGAGCAAUGGUGCUACAAAAUUUUGACAAGUGGUUGCUAUAAAAGACAAAAAAUUACCCCAAAAUCUCAGCAACCCGAAUCAACUGACGACUCCUCCGCCGUCAAUCCAAGUAAUGAGGGUGACAAAACUGGAGAAGCGGAACAACAUAUCUGGGCCUCGAAGACGUCCAAACUGGUCUCGAGAGUGUCUUUUGUGCUGGCAACUGUAGCUCUUAGCACUAUGUUCCAGUCGUCCUUCAUUUUCAUAUCUGCGUUCACUGGUGCCAUGGACAAUUGUCUUUUGUCUUUGAUCUUCCCCGCUGCAAUUCACACCAAACUGAUGAUGGGAGAUGGGUCCUCUGGCCAAGGAACACAUGGGAUGGGGCGUACAGGGACCCAAGUGAAGAAUGGACUGAUGAUGGUGUUUGGACUGUGUCUCGCGUGCGUCUCUCUUAUCAGUUUCUCACUCAUAGACACACAAGUCAAACUGGUGUGAACAAAAAGGACAAAAGUGUGAAGAAAAACAAACAGUUUGACUAAAAAUUGCCCAAUACAGAAAAUUUUCUAGAAGUUUUGGAAAAGUAUAUAUACAAGAAGAAAGAAAACUGAAUAAACGAGGACCGAAUAUCCCAAACCUCUAGAAGCUUUGAGAUAAACUGAAAUGAAAUUACUGCAAUGCUGAUGAUAACCUAUAUCUAUAAGAAAUAUGUCGGAAAUUUCAGUCUAUAGAUGUUAGCCAGGGUACUAACGAUUGAAUGUGUUUCAGUCAGCGGUGGCUUUAAAGAGCUUUGAUAGUUUCAUUUUGAUGUAUAAUGAACGAAAAAACCUUGAAUUUUAGAGUAUAUGUUUGUGAUGGGCUGCAAUCCAAAUUUGUUAAGUUUUCUCAAGUGGUGAAAAAAUCGAAAUUUUUGCUGAAUGUAUAUUAAAUGUUGCUUUAAAUUUUUAUUUUCUUACUGUGUGGAAAUAUUU